GAACGGCGUGAUGGUUUUAGCGCUAAAACACUUAUAGUGGAAAUGGACGAGGACAACAUUUUGGCAAUGACAUAUCCUUUCAUCAAAAUUACUAAUAAUACCUACUACUUACAGUAAGAGUAAUUCAGUAAGAGUGAGAGUAAGUAAAAGUAAACGGCACCCAUAACCCAGGGUGAUUGGUGAGGAAUGUACCUGUUGUAUUAUACUGCGGUGUGCCUGUGUUUUCAAUUUUGGUCUUUAUAUUUAGCCGUACCUAUUAAUAUAUUAUAUUUAAUAAACGUCGUUGUUUUAUUUAUACCGCAGCGCGCGCGCGUUUAUUUUGAUACGAUAAUAACAAUGCAGGCAAUGCUGCUUGUCGUUAAGAUAAGACAAGGGGACGUUUCUACAAGUAUUCGGUACCUAAUCGGUAUUCGUGAAUUCGUAUUUCGUUCACACUUCGCAAACAACAAUCGCUAACGUAGUCAUGGUGUUGCUUUUUUUGUUCGGAUUUUUUACGGGCUACACUAUUCUAAUAGUGGCCAGAGAAGCCUGGAAGUGGAAGUCGCUAACGAACAAAAAAAAGCGUAAAGCAAAGGACAAUGGAUUGCUUGGAAAUUUCGACGUUGACCGUGCCAAACUAGAAGACACGGCCAACGAAGCUCAAUUUAAAUCGUCGCCGUCGAAACGUUUGAGGAAAUGUUUAAAAAAUGAUUGCAUGAGCUGUGAACUUAUUUAUAGUGAUAAAUAUACAUUUAAAGCAUACAAAGAAAGAACUCCCAACUUUCUGCUCAAGUUAAAUCUUUUGCGAAAAGAAAAACAAUUUUGCGAUGUAAAAUUAAUCACAGAAGAUAGCAAAGAAAUUUGGGCUCAUAAAAAUGUUUUAUCUUCAAACUGUGAAUAUUUUGAACGAAUGUUUAGCGGUACAUUCAAGGAAAGCAACUUAUAUGAAGUUAUUAUCAAGCAUAUACCUAAUGAUGUUUUAGACGAUAUCAUUAGUUUUAUUUAUACUUCGCAGUUAGUCAUUACAGAACAAAAUGUUGAGAAUUUGUUAGUAGCUUCAAAUUUUAUGUUACUGGAUGAUGUUUGUCAAUCAUGUGAGGAAAAUUUAAAAAAUUUGACUACUCCAGAAAAUUGUAUGCACAUAAUGAAAAUUGCUGAUGAUUAUAAUUUGAACGAUUUGCAAAAGUUCUGCAUGUCAUAUGCCAUGGAUCAUUUCGAAUUUUUAGCCACUACAUCAUCAUUUCUAAAUUCUCCACAUCAUCAAAUUGAAUAUCUUAUAGCAAAUGAUAAUUUAUGUGCUAAGGAAGAAACUGUAUGCUCAGCUGUAAUUAAUUGGGUUAAAUUUGUUGAAGAAACACGUUUAAAGGACUUACCUAAUUUAUUACGUUAUGUCCGGUUUUCACUUCUAUCAUCUGAAUAUCUUAAAAACAUAAUUAAAUCGGAACCAAUAAUUUAUUCAAACCCAAACUUUGUGUCCUAUUUUUAUGAGACUUGGCAUCAUCAAAUUAUUGAAGGAAAGUCAUCAAUUUUUGAUGACACUUUGCAACGUAAACCCUUAAUAAAGUGCCUGGUGGUGAUUGCUGACAAUUAUUGCAACUAUGCAGAUUACCCUACCAGCUACGUCGAAUGGUAUGAUUAUGCGACAUGUCAGUGGAUAAAGCAUCGGACUACUUGGAAACCACCAUUUAUGGGGCCAACAUAUUAUGUACUUGAUAACUGCUCGUUAUUGGCUAUAGGUGGAAGAAAUUUAAAUGAUGACGCUAUAAAGACUGUUAGAGUUUUUGACUCCCAAAGCGCUCGAUGGAAUCAUAUGACCGAUAUGAACUGUAGGCGAUACGAUCCUGGAGUUGUUCAGUUUGGUAACCGGUUGUAUGUGAUUGGCGGUUGUAAAAAAGUAGAUAAAGAAGGACAGCGAGGUGGUGAGUACUAUGACAUGUGUACCGAAAAGUGGCAUUGUAUACGACGGAUGGUACAUGGUCGAGAAUCAUUUGGAAUUGGUGUUAUUAAUGAUUAUAUAUACGUGGUCGGUGGUCAUGGGAUUGGUAUUUUUACAUCCGGCGAACGCUACGAUCCAAAGUCUAAUACUUGGUCACCAAUUCCUUCAAUGCCAAUAUGUAGAGACGGUCCAUUCAUUUGUUUUUUGGACAAAAAAAUUUAUGUGAUCGGUGGUUGGGUUGGCGGAAGUUGUUCAAAAUCGGUUGAUGUAUUUGACACGUCGACAAAUUCAUGGAAAUCUACUGCGGAUAUGCAGUACGGCAGAUCAUAUGCAUCGGGUGGUGUUCUGAAUGGACAAAUUUACGUAAUUGGCGGAAUCAGCGGAGCUAUUUUUGAUGGAUCUAGAAUGAUAUUGAAUACUUCUGAAGUGUAUGAUCCAAGAAAAAAUAAGUGGUCAAUAGCCAAAGGAGUGUUGAGCAAAGACACAGCUCAACGUCAGCACAUUGCAUUAGUUUGUGAUAGAAGUGUAAGUUUCUUAAGGAGUAUAUUGAAAGUCACUGCCGAUAAAGAUUAAUUAUUACUUAUAAUACACUUAAUUUUAUUUUAAAAAUUUACAGUUAAUAAUUAUGUUUACUUUUUGUUUAACGAUUUAUUUUAUUUUAAAUUAU